GUAUCGAUAUUUUCACUCAUGUGAUUACUACACACACCUGAGAAGCAAAUCCGCUGGUUGAAAUUCAUAUAUUUUUUUAAUAUAUUCUACCUGUUUCUUUUUAAAAAAUUUAAAAGUCUCGAGAAAUGGCAGCAUCCAUAGCACCAGUAUUAAUAUUCACCAUUUUAUGGGGAGCAGUUGGGAUUGCAUUCCCGUGUUUUGUGCCUACUGGACCAAACCGUGGAAUCCUACAAGUUGUUCUUAUAUUAACAGCAUUUACUUGUUGGUUGUUUUGGUUAUGUUGUUACAUGGCACAAAUGAAUCCAUUAAUUGGACCUAAAUUAUCUAAUAAAACUAUACUUAUGAUGGCUCAAGAAUGGGGUACACCACUUGAACAAUAAAACGCAUAAAUAAUUGAUGUAACAUGAAAAUUCGUUCUUUGUAUAUAUAUAUAAACGUAUUAAUUAACUGAAUAUGUAUAUUCUGAGAAACUAGGAGUACUGUUAUAUAUAUAUAGGCAAAAUAUGCUUGUAUUUAUUAAUAUGAAAUUAAUUAUAUGUUAUUAUAUGUUAAGUUUAAAUAUUUGUGUACAAAUAUUUUUAGGCAAUUUAUGGCACGAAUAACAAGUGGCAUAUUCAUAACAAAAAAAAAAAAACUUCUUUUCAGUUAAUUGUAAGAUAUAUACAUUUAUAUAGGAUGACCUAAAAAAAAGGUCACCUAAAUAUUUUCUUUGUUUUUUAUGAUGCAACAAAUUUUUAUGGCAUACUUUGAAAUGGUUUAAAAAGAGUUAUGUUUUUAUAGGUCAUUUUUUUUUAUUAUCCCUUGUAGCGAGUAAAAUAUACAUGUCUUUUGGCAUUAAUACAAUUAAUAAAGUUGUUUACAAUUAAUAAUUUGGCCGGCAUAUUCACUUGAUCUAAUUCCAUUAGAUUUUUUUCUAUAUUAUAGAUUUCUAAACCAUUCAAAGUAAUGCCAUGUAAAAUUUGUCGUAUAAUAAAAACCAAAGAAAAUAUUUAGAUGAUUUUUUUUAGUUGGGACAACCUGUAUAUAGCAUAGAUUCUUAUCUUUGAAUUUUCCAUUUAAAACUCGCUCAUAUUAGAAUUAUUGACAACAAAAUUGUGUAGUAUUAAAUAAUUCCAUAAAAAUGUGAUUAUAUCCAAGUUCUACAUUUAGUGCUCAAUGACAACAAAACGAUGGUAUUACUUUUUAUUGUUGUAUCAUGUAAAUAUAUACUGCCAAUAUUGUGUA